AUGAAAAUCCAAAUCGUCUCCGCGAUUUGUUUCCUGAAGUUUUUAGAAAUUGUGGAGGCUUGUGGAGUGAAUCAAACAAAUCUCGAUGGAUUUUUGGAAGUUCAACCAAAUUGUGAAAACUUCGUGAGUUCCCUCGACAUAACAAAGUUAAAAGCUGUCUAAUUUUUGCAGCUUGAAAUCCCAAAAACUCCUGGAAAAUCGAUAAGUCUAAAACUCCCUUGCCAUGCCGAAUCUGUUUACAGUAUAUGGAUGAUAGUCCCAGAAUCAAAAACCCCAAUUCAUCAUUCAAAUAAAUCUAUCGAUUGUUCAAGAUCAGAAGACAAAUCUCAGACUUUUCAAGCCCCCGCAAAUGUUGGACUAAAAAUUGUGUCAAAACUUACUGCAAAAAUUGAUGUUAAAAUUCUAGAUGGUCAGCAAAAUCUUUGCGCAUAUCCAUAUAUUUUGUUAACUUCGUCUAACUUAAAUCAAUCUAGGGUUAUUCAAAACGACACAACUUUUUCGAGCUCUCAAGAAUGUGUAUAUCGAUUGGAUAUUGGUCUGGAUAUUCUUUCAAAUUCUUCAAUAAAUGAGAUCAAAAUAAGAUUCAGUGAUAUUGCAAAUCUAAUUUAUCAGCAACGAAUUUAUCGGAAAAAUGGGAAAAUUGAGUCUAAAAUAUUUACAACUGGCAGAAAUUUUUUAUUGGAACCUUUUGAUAUAAAAAUCAAUGAAUAUGUGCGUAUUCCACAAAUUAAUGUGACCUUUGGAAAAAAUUGUGAGUUUUGGAAGAUUCACAAAGUUUCUGAUCAGCAAUAUCCAGUUUCAAAGGAAUCCUGAGCAUUUUGGGUUACUGUGACUUUCAGAAUUUCUGAAACAGUUUUUAAUCAGUAGCCUUUUCCUACAGUACCCCAGAUUUCCAGAAUGAAAUUUUAUCUAAAGUAAUCUUUGUUUUAUUGUUUUUUUUAGUGUGUCACAAUAUCGAUCGUAUUUCAACCGCCAACAAAACUCUGACUUUUCAACCAACUUCAGCCCAAUUAGAUUGCGAAAAUUCAUUGUCAAUUUUGAAUAUCAAAUUUCUACAGCCAAAAAAUAAUGAGAUUAUUUAUUUGGAACAUAAUUUGAAUCAAGCAAAUCUCAAAAUCUGGAAUCUUGAUAAAUAUGAAAUUAUUAUGGAGUAAGUUACUAAUUUUUGAUGUAUCUAGAAGGAAAGUUUAAAAUUUCAGCACAACUUAUUUUCUGAAAAACGCGGCGCUCAACAUUUCCGCUCUGAAAAUUCACAUAGAAAACUCUCAAAACUGGCAAAUCAAUCUAACUCGACUCGAAAUUCCGGAGAAUUGUCAAUGUCCAACUUUUGGUAGCCUAAUAAGUUCGGAGAACUCUCGAUUGAGUCUGAAAUCUCGAAAUUGUGCCAAUUUGUUUUGUCAUGUGAGAUUGGAAAAUUCAAGAAAAUUGACAAUGAAUAUUGAUUUGAAAGCGUCGGAUAAUGGAGAAAAUAAGGGUUCGAUUGAACCAGAUUUCUUUGUUCUUGUUGAGAAUGGAGUUUAUUUUAGGUAUGUUUUUUUGAGAAAAAAUGAAAAAAGAAGAUCAAAAUUAAUUCAAAAUCCAAAAACCAAUCUAUACCAAUAUAACAAUUCCAGAGAUACAUUCACCGACGAAACUUUUUCGGAUUCCUCCAAUUUCAUGGAACUAUCCUUCAUCAGAUUCAAUAAUUCAAAAUCUCAAAAUAAUUCUCUGGAUUUGGACAUGAGUUGGCAUUUUUCAAAAAGUAAUGGGAAGACGAGAAAAACAAAUGCGCUCCAUGUUACAAAAUUUUCAGAUUAAAGUUGUCCACGGAGCGCAUUUUCCUUUUUGUAUUCGUUUGAGUUCAGAUAAUAAUUUUUGCUAUCUGAGUAAUUUAUGAACAUUAGUCAUUUAUUUUUCAGAUUGUCAAUGUUAUCUUACGUCGAUAACACUUUACACCAAACAGAUCAGCUAUAAUAACAAGCACCAAUUAUCCAAACCCAUAUUGUGCUAACAGAGAUUGCAAAACUACAAUAAUGACAUCGCCAAAGUAAGCACUGCGUUUACACGGGAUUAACACCCAAAAACACAAAUGUCUAAUUCCAGCGCAACGCUCAACUUUUGGUUUUAUAAAUUCCACGUGGAUUCCGAAGGUGAUAGUUUGGAAAUUUAUAAUGGCCGGCAUAUUGAUUCAAAUCAAUGUGUUGCAAAACUUCACGGAAAAAAAGAAAGAAAACAUAAUGAGGAAUAUCAAACUGGAAAUCAGGCAGUUUUACUGUUUCAGGCAAAUGCGAUCACAACCAAGGAUGAUAUUGGAUAUGUGAUAUUAGUGAAAUCAGGUAAGUGAUAAUAUUUUCCAUGUCAAACCUGGUUUACUCGAAUAUUCAUAGUUAAUUAUUAGAAGACAUUUUAAACAACAUUCUCAAAUUAUCUUCAAUUUCUUUCAGAAAAAUAUCUAUUACGUGGCAAAAAAAAUCAACCAGAUAAAAAAAUGUUCCAAGAGAAUUUAUGUUUUUACACACCGUUUGUGUUUUUUUCUCCGCUAUUGUACAAUAAAAUAAGAGACGGUUUCUUUGAUCGAAACAAAUAUUUCUUGUUGUUUCAAUUUUAUUUGAUUUGUUGCGAAAUAUUGUUGUUUUUUUUCAUUCUGAAACAACGUAAAAAUGUUUCUAUUUUUAUAUUGGUUUUAUUUGCAGAACCCCUGAAUCCUUCCGAUCUCACAACUUCUACUGAACUUAUCACAACUUCACAAAAAUCUACUACCAAUGCUGAAAUCAGUACAUCUACUGAAAUUUUCGUGGCUUCAGAAAAAUCAUCCAGCUCAAUUCCAAACUCUCUUAUCUUCUUCAUAAUUUUGUUGAUUAUUUUGGGAGCUGGAAUCUUUAGCUAUUUCUACAAGGACAAAAUCAUUUCUCAGAUUAACAGUUUUCGAACAAAAACCCCACCGUAAGUUUAACUCAUGCAAACGUUUAUUCUUAAAAUCUUUUUUUUAUUUCAGCCCAUCUGGUUUCGAAAAUAUGAAUACCCAAAUUUUCUAA